CCGGGAUCGGCACCGGCACCGGGACCGGGCCCGCGGGCGGCGGUGCGCAGCCGGCCUCGCCAUGACGGCGGAGGAGAAGCAGAGCUUGCGGUGCUUCAGGCGGUACAUCGAGAGGAUCCUGAACCCCGUGCACAUCCUCGGCAACAUGACGGCCUGGCUGUCCGACGAGGUGAAGGAGAGGGUCCGAAAGGAGGAGGAGAAGGGGGUGACGGCGGCCGCCGCGCUGUUCCUGGAUGCCGUGCUGCUGCUGGAGGAGGAGGGCUGGCUGCGGGGCUUCCUGGAUGCCCUGGUGGCAGCAGGUUACACUGGACUGGCAGAAGCAAUUGAAAACUGGGACUUCAGCAAGCUGGAAAAACUGGAGCUGCACAGGCAGCUGUUGAAGCGGAUAGAAGCAACAAUGAUAGAAAUUGAUCCUGUAGUAAUCAUGCCAUACAUAAACACAUGCCUGAUAGACAGGGAGUGUGAUGAGAUCCUGCAGAUCAGUGAAUACAGAAGCAAAGCGGCCGGGAUAACUAAACUCAUUGACUGCCUCUGUCGCUCAGAUAAGGAAAACUGGCCCAAAAGUCUUCAGCUGGCAUUGGAUAAUGCAGGAUAUUACAAUGCAAGUGUACUGUGGAAUAUAAGAGAAGAUAAUGGCAAAGAUGUGGAUAGUGAAAUGACAGAUGCCUCUGAGAAUUACUUUGAAACCAUGGUGACCUUUUCUGAAGAAGCAGAUUGUGAUAAUCUCAGCAAAAAUCUCUCUUCGGCUUCAGAAAGCGUCUAUGCAUCUCCGUCUGUUUAUGAACCAAAGAAGGCUCGGAGCUACCAGAUUGAGCUUGCACAGCCUGCUACUGAUGGGAAAAACACAUUGAUUUGUGCCCCCACAGGAUCUGGAAAAACUUUUGUGGCACUUAUGAUUUGUGAACAUCAUUUGCAAAACAUUCCGUCAGGACGAAAGGCAAAAGUUGUCUUCCUUGCAACCAAAGUGCCAGUGUAUGAGCAACAGAAAAAUAUAUUCAGGCAGCAUUUUGAAAGAAGUGGAUACUCCGUUCAAGGAAUUUGUGGUGAAACAGUUGCAAAUAUCUCUGUAGAAAAUAUUAUACAGGACAGUGAUAUCAUUGUGAUAACACCCCAGAUUCUUGUGAAUAGCAUGGAGAAAGGGAUCCUUAGCUCCCUCUCCAUCUUCACUCUGAUCAUAUUUGAUGAGUGCCACAACACUACAGGCAACCACCCUUACAAUGUGUUGAUGACCAGGUAUCUGGAUGAAAAAUUGGACUCCUCUGCAAACCAGCUGCCUCAGAUUAUAGGUUUAACUGCUUCUAUUGGAGUUGGUAAUGCCAAGAGCACUAAUGAAACUGUAGAGCACAUCUGUACCCUCUGCUCCAACCUUGACAUACAGACCAUAUCCACUGUCAGAGUGAACAAAGAAGAUCUGCAGAGGUUUGGAAACAAGCCAGAAACACAUAUCAGAUGGGUUAAAAUGCGAGCUCAGAAUCAUUUUGCAGACAUUAUCUCAGGUCUGAUGUCUGAGACGGAGAUGUUGAUGAGGAAGAUUUAUUCAGCGGAUAUCAUCUCCCAAAUCAACAAGAAUUACUUUGGAACACAGAGAUAUGAACAGUGGAUAGUUUCCACUCAGAAGAAAUGCAGACUGUUGCAACUGGAAGAUAAGGAGAAGGAGAGCAGUAUUUGUAGAGAACUUUUCAUUUGUACUGAACACUUGCGGAAAUUCAAUGAUGCUCUCAUUAUCAGUGAAGACGCUCGCAUUGAAGAUGCUUUAGCCUAUCUAAAUGAAUUUUUCACAAAUGUGAAAAAUGGACCAUAUACAGAGUUAGAGAAGCAGCUGACGGAGAAAUUUCAAGAGAAAGAGCUAGAGCUCACUGCUCUUUCAAAAGAUGAGUCAAAUGAGAAUCCAAAGUUGGAAGAGCUCACUUGUAUCCUGGACGAAGCAUACCACUAUAAUCCAGAGACUCGCACUAUUCUCUUUGCCAAGACAAGAGCCUUAGUAGCUGCUUUGAAGAAGUGGAUAGAAGCAAACCCUGUACUUAGCCACAUAAAGACAGAUGUGUUGAUGGGUAAGGGAAGAAGAGAUCAUAAAACAGGUAUGACCCUGCCAAUGCAGAGGGAUGUACUGGAUGCAUUCAGAAAUGAUAAAAACAUCAGACUGCUGAUUGCUACAUCUGUUGCUGACGAAGGCAUUGAUAUUACUGAGUGCAACCUUGUGGUGCUCUAUGAAUACUUCGGUAAUGUCACCAAAAUGAUCCAAGUCAGAGGUCGUGGAAGGGCAAGAGACAGCAAGUGCAUCCUUGUGACAAGCAAAACAGAAGUGGUUGAGAAUGAAAAACUAAACAGUUACAAGGAAGAAAUGAUGAAUGCAGCUAUUGAAAAGCUACAGAGCUGGGAUGAAACAACGUUUGCAAGAAAGAUACAUGGCCUGCAAAUGAAGGAAAAGAUACUACGAGAUUCCAGGAAGAAAGAAACAAAACAUAAAGUAGUGGAAGGGAAGAAAAAACUCUUGUGUGGAAAAUGCAAAGCGUAUGUCUGCAGUACAGACGACAUCAGAGUCAUACAGGAAUCUCAUCACACUGUCCUUGGUGAUGCGUUCAAGGAGCGUUAUAUAACAAAGCCCCACCGGAAACCAGUUAAGUAUGAUGCUUUUGAGAAAAAAUGCAAGAUGCAUUGCCGUAAUACUCAAUGCCAGCAUGACUGGGGGAUCACAGUGAAGUACAAGAUAUUUGAUAAUCUACCAGUGAUCAAAAUCAAAAGCUUUGUACUAGAGGAUGUUGAAACUGGGACACAAAUGGAUUUUCAGAAAUGGAAAAACAUUAAUUUUUCUUUGAAGAAUUUUGAUGAAGAAGCAUCCAACUGAAUUCAACAUUUUAUGAAGAUAUUGUUCUAGAGCACUAUGCUGAAAUAGCAGAUGGUCAAUUUUCUAAAAAAACUUUCAUUCUUUCUGCUAGGCCCCUCACCUGCAUCUGGCUAGAUUGUGAAAGGCUGGUAAAGCCACUGAAAUACAGUAUUUGCUAUAUAAUGAGAUACUUAACCUGAAGUUUCACUAGAAGGACAAAUACAUGCCUAGCUGUCUAGAUCCAAAUCUUUAUGGCUAUGACUAACCUGGUCUGAAAAAAAAUAAGAUCAAGUAGAAUGACUGAUUAAAUAUCCAACUUUUGGUGACAGGCUACACUUUCAAGAACUGAGGUGCGAAUCAGCAUCUUCUUUGCUACUACUAAUGUGUUGUUGGACUGCACAUCCUUGCAAACAACAUGCCUUACUAGCACUUCAGGCACUACUCUAGAUACUUCUGAAACUUAAAAAAAGUUACUUUUAGUGUUCUAGAUGUAGAUAUAUAAAAUUGAAAGAAAAGUGUCCAGUAGCUUUACUGUAAGGAAGACACUACAUCUCUUGAAUCUAUCUUUAAUAAGAAAUGCUUCUGCAACAGUAAGAAAUGCAGCAGGGCAGAGCCCUCUUGGGGAUUAAAAUGGUAACACUUUUUCGUAUCACUGCACCUCCAUCGAGUUGCUGUUGCUCAAGUUGCAACACCCUCCUGUGUUGCUGAGCUGAACAAGCCCUGAUAGGGACAAGACAGUGCCCUGGAUCAUGGGUGGAGGUUCAGUUUUGAUGGGGAUUAGCACUCACCUGGAUAACCUGUCUUAUGGACUACCCAGAUCCCAGACUUCUCUAAGAAAAACAGAAAUCCCUAUAGAGUUAUGAAAGGCUGUACUUGUACAGUCUAAAGCACCUGAUGAUCCUACACGUUUUCAAGCUUAGUAUCCAUUAUUUAUAGAACCAAAAUCAAAUUCAUUUGAAGUUCACUUUGUGUAUUUGACAGUGUGGUAUGGUAUGUAUGUGCAAGAAUUAUGUUACAAAACACUGGAACUAAUUUAAAAAAAAAUGCAAUCCUGCCUCCCUUUUUUUAAGAGUUAAAAAAAUUAGUGUAAAAUUAUGAGUUCAAAAAUUAAACUGCCUAAAUCCUAUUCAGUGAGGUUUGUGUUCUUGUAAAGUGUUGCAUUAAAAGCAAAAGAACUUUGUAAGCACUGCUUCAUGUUCCAUCCCAGUCCAUGGCUUUUACUGUGAAAGCUGUAUGAGCUGUACGGGAAGGCUGGAUCUCAGUCCUACAGUAACUUCCUCUGUACUUAGUUUUUACCUAAAAGGAAACACAGAACAAUGAAUAAAGAUGAUUUAUGUUUAGAUAAUGCCUCCCCUCCAAAAAUACUAUGAACAAAAUACUUUUGAAAAAGGCUGGUUUAGCACUGUCAGAUUAAAAGUAAAUGGAAAAAUCACAGUUCUUAAGUAUCAAAUUGCUCUGUGAAAAGACCAUAUGCUUUGGGACUCUUUGCAUAAAAAAAUAAUCAGUACAAAAUUCCAGUUUAUGGUAGUAACUACUGGGAAUUUGAAAUUGGAAAGUUUUGUUAUUUUCAUAGUCUUUGAACACAAGGAUUUCAGACUAAACUCUACAACCUCUCUUGGCAAUCUCCUCCCGUCCAGCGCUCGGUGCCUCAGAGUGAAAAAGUGUGUUCUGUUGUUCACAGGAAACGUUGUGUUUCACACUGUUUGUGCCCACUGCUUCUUGCUGUGUCACUAAGCACCACUGAAAAGAGCCUGGCUGCAUGUUCUUUUGUGCCCUCCAUUCAGAUAUUUGUACACAAACAGCAGAGAUAUCCCUGGGCCUUCUCAUCACUGGACUAAAUAGUCCAGGCUCUCAGCUUCUCCUCAUGAGAGACACUUCAGACCCUGCAACAUCAUGAUGGGCCUCUGACAGAUUUACUAGAGGAGCUCUCCAAGACCAAGGAUAAAAUGACAGAACCACCAAACUUUUUAAAAAUAAAUUUAAUUUUAUUUAUUAGAAAUAUCCCCAAUAAGUCCACCUUUCCAUAAAGGCUUAGAUCUUAAACAGAGUUCACAUUUUUUUAAAAUUAAUAAGCAGCUAAAUAAUUUCAAUAUUAGAUUCAGAUUCUGUUUAGCUGAAUAAGAAAGCAAGUCAGUGUCAGGUAAUCAGAAAGUAAUAAAAUCUUUUUAUACUGUCAGUUAAUUUCUAAGUCACUGAUGAGAGCAUAGAACUUAACUUCAGAGUCAAACUAAGUGGAUCAAAUACAUGAAAUCAGCUCGUGAUCUUCAAUGGUUCUACAGAUGCCAGCGGUAUUUUAAUGACUUUUGCACUGUGUUCUACAGUAAGUCAAGCCAAUUGCCAUACAAAACAGUUAAUAAAUGCUGUUUACUUUA